CACCUUCAUCGCGACACCGCACAACAACGCAACUGUCACACGCCGACCGAGCCGACGAACCGACUGACACGAGCAACAUUGCUGCGGCCGGGUGCGCCGACGCAAGUAGCACAAUUCGACCGACCCGCGGAUGACACUCUUGCUGUCUCUGCCGGUUCUUCCAACACACACAGUUCGAUCUCAAUCGCGUCGAGACGCGCGACAAGCAUGCCCUUCCAACCGGAGAGAUAAACCAUUCAGACAAUCCCUCCGCCUUUUGGCCGUCGCGAGGCUUUUCAAAGAGUAUGACAGACAAGUUACCACCGCUGUCGACGCCGAUCGCGCUUCCGAGUCAGCCCGCCUUCUCCCUUCCGAGUGCCGUCUCGACUCGAGAUGUCCCUCGAAAGCAAGAGACGGUGGAGGAGGAGCCAUACACGAUCAAGUGUAUCUGCGACUUCGCUGACGAUGACGGAAAUACCAUCUACUGCGAGACGUGCGACACAUGGCAGCACAUCGAAUGCUACUACCCUGACAACAUCGAGGAUGCCCUCAGCCCGAAUUUUGCACACUCCUGCGCCGAGUGCCAACCACGAUCUCUAGAUCGCCAACAGGCGAUCGCCCGCCAGAGGGCAAGGGCCGUUGUGCCGGUCGUGGAAGCGGCGGCUGACAAGAAACCAAAACGGCCGCCGUCGAAGAGCCACAAGAAGAAGCCAAAACCGACAGAACUCCAGAUCAAUGGUUCCCACCAUGGGUCGCUUGAGAACCCGAAGCACAACAGUCCUCAGGACAGCCCGCAUCCCGCGAAGAAGGCCAAGAGCUCGCACAAAUCGAGCCAGUCAAUCAGUUCACAAGCUCCGAAGCGGAGCCCUUCCCACGGGAACGCGAAAGCGACCCACAGCCACCCCUUGAGCCCCGCGACAACUCCACCCGAUCUCCCAGACGACUUCGAACUUCACAACUACUCGUCAGGAUUCUUGUCCCUGUAUAACGACCAGGCUUUUCAGAUCGUUAACACGAACUCCUUUGCCGGUCUACAGAUCUCGAAUACCAUGUCGGCCUGGCUGCGCGACCAGGAAAAGAUGAAGAUCGAGACCGGCUGUUCCUACAACGACGUCUUCCAGAAGCUCCCUUCUAAUAUGGAUUCGAUAAAGGUCACACCCGACAUCGAGAAAAACAAGAAGAUCAUCGGGCCCAAUACCGUCGUCCAGUGGCCGUGUCUCAAGGCACCUUCGACAAUCGAGAAGGAUGUCCCACUCAUGGAAGUCAAUGGCCAAAUUGGCUUCCAAGCCGUCUACUGUGCCGACCCCGAAAACCGCUGGGCCGAAUUGACCGUGCCGCUCCCAUUCGUUUUGUUCCACCCAUCACUCCCGCUGUACAUCGACACCCGGAGGGAAGGAUCCGAGGCUCGGUUCGUUCGACGAAGCUGCAGGCCGAACGCAGUCAUCGAAACAUACUUGUCGGCGGGAAGUGAAUACCGCUUCUGGCUGGUGAGCGACCGGCAGAUUGAGGCGAAAGAACAGGUCACGAUUCCCUGGAAUCCCGGGUUCCCGGCAGCGGAGAAGGCCCGCGUCCUCCAAAUGCUCGGACUCGGCGACGACAUGACAGGGGCGCACACGGAACAAAUAGUCACCGAGACUGACUAUCAAAAAUACGCCGGUUGGGUCCAUCUCAUACUCUCUGAGCACGGAGGAUGCGCGUGCAAUCUCGGCCCGGAGUGUGCGUUUGCGCGCUUCCACAGGAAUUACCUCGCCACGGCCCAGUCGCGUCCAAACCCGCCAAAAUCCAAGAAGCGCAAACCUAAAGCACAGCACGCUAUCUCUCCCACAAGUACGGGCCAUGCAACCAACAGCCGGGCCGCGAGCGAGGGCCAUCCAGAAGAUGUUGCCGAAAAUGGCCGGCGGUCCGUGUCCAGUUCCUCGCGGAGCAAGCCGCCCAGUCGAGAUAUGACACCAGCAGCGCGUCAGGGCUCGUUCGAUACGCUGGGGAUAUUGACCGAGCCAACGGACCGCGAUAAAAGGAAAGUGGCCAUGGUGGAAGACUCUUUCCGCAGAAUGGAGCAGCAGCAGCAGCACCACCAACACCAGCAGCAACCACAUCGCAAGAGGAAACGUGUGUCCGAUGGGACUGGCUCCUCUCAGACAAAGACGUCGAAGCCGAGGUCCGCAACACAUACGCCCAAUCUCCCUAGCGGGUUCCCGGAGCGUAGCUACGUUGAUGCCGGAACGGGAACCACGAGGAGCAAAUCUGGUUCGCCCAGCGGCGUUAGCCCCACCCACAUUCACAUUAGCCAUGCCGGCAACAACCUCCCUUCUAGGAAUGCGUCAGCCCCUGUUCGCUCUCGUCCGACGUCGGCCGUGCCGCGUCCACAAUAUUGCGAUGCCGCGGUGCAAACAGACUUCCCUGACGCCAGCGACACGGCGACUCCGAAACGGCGGGUGGGGUCUUGCUUGAGGAAACGAAUGCUCGAGAACUGGCACCAUGUCCGGCUGGAGGAGGAAGAGCGCGCCAAACGCCUCGCCGUGGAGCGGCCGUCAUCUGCCAUGAGUGUAGAAAGCUAUGGCGACCGGGAUAUCCUCCUCUCAUCACCAGCCUCGGCCAAAGAAGCUGAAAAGGUGCCGGAUAGUGAUGUUUCGACAGGCGGGCUGAAAGACCACCCAAUGCCGGAUGCUCGACCGUUGUCCCCGAUGCAUACGACCCCCGGGACGCAAGCGACGCAAGCACCGACAAUCAGCCCCGUCAGCAACAAGUCGCCUGACCUCCGAGUAGAGCCGCCCCCCGUCCCAGUUUUCCAAAGUCCUAGUUCGGCUCCCUCGCCAGCAUCAACGCCUGUCUCCGCCGGGCCCGGAGCGGCCCAAUCGCCGUCCUCGGCCACCGGUUUUGCGAGUCCGUUUCCUCCGCCGCCGAUCAAUAGUGCAUUGGCAACCCCAAGUCCGGUCAGGAAGAAGCUCACGCUGAGCGACUACAAGAGCAGGAUGAGCAGAUCCGCUGGCGCCUUUCGACCGUUAACAGGGACGCCACUGUCGAAACCACUGUCAAGCACCGACGAACCCAAGUCGGCUACGAGCGCGGAUAGCGGUGUGCACGCCAGCUCACCAAUGCCAGACAAGCCGGCCGAGACAGCAGCAGCGACGGCCGAGACGACAACAGGGGCGGCGACAUGAAUGACGCGCGGCGCAUGUCAGACAGACUAUAUAUAUACAGGACUAGCGCUAUCCAGCACACGGGUUCCUGGCUCGACAUCGUCUCAACAGCUCGGCUAGCUGCAGUAUAAGCCACGGCGACGGAUACGGUCUUCUUUUCUCAUCUCUUCUCUCUUUCCAAAAGGACGGGCGGCGAUAUCAUUUUAAUUCGAAUCGGGAUGGGGUCGGCGUUGAUGGUGGCGUGGACGGAAAUG